AGAAAGGACUGCUGGGAGUGGGAGUGGCGGUGACUUUACCCGCAACAGACCCACCAUCCUUUCCCACCCUGCUCCCUGGAAUCUUGAGCUCCCAGGCGAGUGGGCGGGGCGGCCCGCGUUCCCCUCCAGAGGCUUCUGUUUGAGGGUUGCCGGACAACAGCCACUUCCAGGAGAGGGCCCCCGAGGAUCCCGCUCCACAGGUGCCGGCUGGGUCCGCGGGCCUCACGGUGGACGGAUCGUUGCCCCUGGCGACAGCUACUUCCGGGAGUGGAUUGAGGGUUUCCGCGCACCGCGGCUUCCCCACCUUGGGAAUCCGACGUAGAGCUGGCGGCCCCUCCGCCUCUGUGUUGAACUGUUGCCCCUGGCAACCGCCACUUCCGUGAGCGAGCGCCGUUUCCUCCCGCACCGCGGACGCCCGAACCCCUGGUUCCGGCCUUUAAGCAGCGGUUGCUUGGUCGCCGACGUUAGUCCCUCCGGGUAACUCGGGCCGCCAGGGCCGUGGGCCGCGCACCCCGGACCUUCCCCGGGGCCGCCAUGGUUCUGCUGCACGUGAAGCGCGGCGACGAAAGCCAGUUCCUGCUGCAGGCGCCGGGGAGCAGUGAGCUGGAGGAGCUCACGGUGCAGGUGACCCGGGUCUACAACGGGCGGCUCAAGGUGCAGCGCCUCUGCUCAGAAAUGGAAGAAUUAGCAGAACACGGCAUAUUUCUCCCUCCUAAUAUGCAAGGACUGACUGACGACCAGAUUGAAGAAUUGAAACUAAAGGACGAAUGGGGAGAGAAGUGUGUGCCCAGCGGGGGCUCAGUGUUUAAAAAAGAUGAUGUCGGACGAAGGAACGGUCAAGCUCCAAAUGAAAAAAUGAAGCAGGUGUUAAAGAAGACUAUAGAAGAAGCCAAAGCAAUCAUCUCCAAGAAACAAGUGGAAGCCAAUGUCUGCGUUACCAUGGAGAUGGUGAAAGAUGCCCUGGACCAGCUGCGCGGUGCAGUGAUGAUUGUCUACCCCAUGGGCCUGCCCCCCUAUGAUCCCAUCCGGAUGGAAUUUGAAAACAAAGAAGACCUGUCAGGAACUCAGGCGGAACUCAGUGUCAUUAAAGAGUCGGAGGCACAGCUGUGGUGGGCAGCCAAGGAGUUAAGAAGAACAAAGAAGCUCUCAGACUACGUGGGGAGAAACGAAAAAACCAAAAUCAUCGUCAAGAUUCAGCAAAGGGGACAAGGAGCCCCCGCCCGAGAGCCGAUUAUCAGCAGUGAGGAGCAGAAGCAGCUGAUGCUGUACUAUCACAGGAGGCAGGAGGAACUCAAGAAACUGGAAGAAAAUGAUGAUGACUCCUGUUUAAACUCUCCAUGGGCUGAUAACACUGCUUUGAAAAGACAUUUCCAUGGGGUAAAAGACAUAAAGUGGAGACCACGAUGAAGUCGGCCUGCUGAUGGAGCUUUCAGAAAUACUAACUCACCUUUCUUUUAGGCAAAGUAAUUUUAGUAAUAAAAAGAGCACCCACAACACUGUACAGAAGAUGCUGAAAUUUCUGAUUUUCCUAGUGUUUCUCUUAACUUCAGUUUUUAAAGUAAAGGUUAUUUAAGGUUAUAGAACUUAAUAAAUGCAUCCUAAAAGAA